AUGGUCGACGCGAAGAUUCAGGAGCUUCUGUCCAAGCCACGCUCCGAGUUGACGGAGUACGAGGUCGCGCAAGUUGAAGAGCAUGAGCUCACCACCGGUCCUCUUUCUAUUCUUCAGACCGCCGUCCGCUCGCGCACACAAGUGCUGAUUUCGUGCCGAAACAACCGCAAGAUCCUCGCACGCGUGAAGGCUUUUGACCGCCACUGCAACAUGGUCCUCGAGAAUGCCAAGGAGAUGUGGACCGAGACGCCACGGUUAGCCAACGGUAGCUAUGGAAGGAAGGUUAACAAGGAUCGCUUCAUUUCCAAGCUGUUUCUCCGAGGCGAUUCCGUCAUCCUCGUCUUGCUCUCAUAA